AUGCUAUAUAGUCCGAGCGGCAUAUUUGUUGACAUCAAUUUCAACUUAUACGUAGCGGAUUCUGACAAUGAUAGAAUUCAGCUAUUUCAGCCGGGGAACUUAAAUGGAACAACUGUGGCAGGAAAUGGAGCACCAGGCACGAUUGAACUUAGUUAUCCUGUAAACGUUGUACUUGAUGCUGCUGGCUAUUUGUUCAUAGUAGAUUGCCAGAACAAUCGCAUAGUUGGAUCUGGACCCAAUGGUUUUCUAUGCAUAGUUGGCUGUUCAGGAGGAUGGGGUUCACGGUCAGAUCAAUUAUUUUAUCCUUAUAGCAUGGCUUUCGAUAGUUAUGGAAAUAUUUAUGUCGCUGAUACUUACAAUAACCGUAUUCAAAAGUUUUAUGUAUCUGGUAAUUUUUGCAUGGGCAACAUAACAACUACUCUUCAAAUAAAUUCUUUAUUAACGACCACUCCUUCAAUCGGAAAUGUUGCAUUGCCAUCAAAUCAACUAAAUGUUUCGCUUAAUCAACCAAGAUUUUGUGCACUUGCUACAUGGAGUCCUGAUGGCAUUACCAUUGCAGAUAGUUCCGAGAUUGGUCCAAAUGCUAUUUCUCUUUUUAUCACUACUAAUAAUACAAUUUAUGUUGUUGAACCUAGUUAUAAUAAUAUUCAAGUGUUGCUCGCUGAUAACGGCAAUUUGCUUGGAACAAUCUCUGGUGGUGUACAAAAUCCAUAUAGUAUUUUUAUCACAAGUGCUGGUGAUAUCUAUACCGACAGUACUGCUGAAACAGGUCAAAUUAAUAAAUUAUUAUUAAAUACGAACAACAAUAUCCCCGUAAUGUACAUCACUGGUAAUUGCUUUGAUCUUUUUAUUGAUAUUAACAGUACAAUAUACUGCUCUGCUGGGGGAUUGAAUAUUGUUGUUGCCAAGUCACUGUAUGAUUCAUUAAAUACAUCAACAGUUGUUGCUGGAACUGGUUGUUCAGGAUCUCUAAUUAACAUGCUUGAUAGUCCUACAGGAAUAUUUGUCGACAUCAAUUUUAACUUAUACGUUGCAGAUUCUAAUAACAAUAGAAUUCAGUUAUUUCAGCCAGGAAACUUAAAUGGAACAACGUCGGCAGGACAAGGAGCGCCAGAAACAAUUAUGCUUAAUAAUCCAACAGAUGUGGUACUUGAUGGCGAUGGUUAUUUGUUCAUAGUAGACAGUGGCAACAAUCGCAUAGUUGGAUCUGGACCCAAUGGUUUUCGAUGCAUAGUUGGCUGCUCAGGCGCAUCGGGUUCUGGACCAACUCAAUUAAAUGGGCCUCAAAGUAUAGCUUUUGAUAGUGAUGGAAAUAUUUAUGUUACUGAUACUCAGAAUAGUCGUCUUCAAAAAUUUAAUCCGUCGCCUCUUUCAUGCAUAAUUUCUUAUAAUGAACCAAAAAUCUGUCCAACCGCAUUAUGGAAUCCAAAUGCAGCAAUUUUUGCUGAUAACACUAUGGUGGGCAUACAACCUACCAACAUCUUUGUGGACGCUAUCGAUGGAGUUUACGUAUCAAGUCCCAGUUUAAAUCUCAUUCGAGUAUGGUCUACAGAAAGUAUGAUUCCAACAAGGAAUCUUUCCGGUAAUUUAAACGAUGCAAGUGGUAUUUUUGUAAUAGUAAAUGGUGAUAUGUAUGCCAGUAGUGGCAUACUAGGUGAUGUAUAUCGAUGGAGAGUUAAUGCAACCAAUAGUGUCUUAGUUAUGAAUACCCUGUGGACCUGUUUUAGUCUCUUUAUCGAUAUAAAUAAUACUCUUUAUUGUUCAGUUGAAAGUCAACAUCUAGUUCUGGAUUUUUCGCUAAAUAUUACCUCAAAUGCACCGACAAUAGCUGCAGGCAAUGGCUCAAAUGGUUCAACAUCGAAUAUGUUAAAUAAACCUCAAGGAAUAUUUGUCGAUAUCGAUUUUAGUCUGUAUGUUGCAGAUUGUAACAAUGAUAGAGUUCAAAAAUUUAAUUUCGGUAAAUUAAAUGGAACAACAGUGUUUGGAAACGGAAUGUUCGGCGCAAAUACUGUCAGUUGUCCUAGUGGAGUUGUAAUUGAUGCUGACGGAAAUUUAUUUAUUGUCGACAAAAACAACCACCGCAUAGUUCGAUCAGGGCCCAUCGGUUUUCAAUGUAUAGUAGGAUGUACUGGUUCAUAUGGACCAGCGUUGGAUCAGUUAUAUUUUCCUGUAACUAUGGCUUUUGAUAGUGUUGGUAAUAUAUUGGUAGCGGAUACGAAUAAUGAUCGAAUUCUAACAUUUCUUUUGGAUCUUAGUUAUUGCGGUGAGUAUGAAAAAAGCGUUUAA